AUGCAAUACAUUUCUUUCUUUCUUUCUUUCUUUCUUUCUUUCUUUCUUUCUUUCUUUCUUUCUUUCUGUUUUUUUAUCCUACACAUUUCUUUCUUGAAAAAUAUCUCCCCUGUCCUUUGUCGACGCAUUCAUUUGCCACUUCAUUUAUCUAUUAAUUCCUUCAAUUUUUCAUUCAUUACCUUGUUUGUUCCAGAGUUACUUUUUUCUUUCUACUUCUACUUCCUUCCAUCGAUAGCGUCCCAUCCAAUCAUGGCAGUAAGAAUUCACUGGCAGCGAACCAAGCCAUUCAUCCCAUCUGCAGAACUCGAUUUUAUCAUCCGAACUCCGUCCCCACCCCUAGAACAACACACCCUACAACCAGCUAUCUCUUUACGUACUCGGCCUCAGAAGUUUUCAUCUUCAACUUCAUCUAGAAGUUUUCUCACUUCAUCGAAUUUUUACUCUGGGUCUCUCUCCCACCCUGAAGCGGUGCUCAUCGUCCAGAGUCUUUUGUAUGCCCGGCCGCUGUAA